AUGGACUCGGCCUUCCACUCGCUCUGCGUCCUAGAACAUUUGGAACGACCGCUACACAUCUACCAGUUCGGCAUAGUCUGGUUUAAGGUCGCCCUUUGUAUUAGCUACCUGCGACUCCUCGCCUGCACAAACUGGCGCGUUUACAGGCGCGUUAUCUGGAUUGUAAUCAUUAUUAUGGUGCUCGGCCACACCGCCUUCGCGCUCGGGCUGAUCUUUAUCUGCAAGCCAAUCGAGAAAGCCUGGAAACCCUAUCUCCCAGGUCACUGCCUAAGCGCAGGGCCGAGAAAUGGCGUUAUAUCUGGCGUGUCAAGCUUUACUAUUGCUUCAGACGUUGUGGUGGCUGUUUUGCCGAUACCUAUACUACGGAAGCUCAACAUCAAGAAGAUGCAAAGGUACGGCCUAUGCGCGCUCUUCCUGCUCGGCCUCCUUACGACAGUGUGUUCUAUCUUCCGCUUCGUCCAAAUCUCGCGGACGGCGCUCGGCGACGGCGAUACAACCAUGCUGAUUCUGUGGGGAACUAUUGAGUUCAACAUUGGCAACAUUAUCACCUCCCUCCCCUUCCUCGCCCCCCUCGUCACAAGGGAAGUGCGCCGCCUCCGCAGCAGCAGAGGCUUCGCCCCAACCAGGGAGAUAGAGCGUGAUAGCGGACAAGCCGUGCUGCCCCCACGCGCAAGCGACACCAUCACCACGACUGAACUGAGCGAGCAAAAAAGCGGAAGCCUGAUGAGCGAUCUUGACCAGCCGUCCGAGAAAACCGAGGAACGCAUCAUCAAGACGGUCGGGUACCAGGUCACCUUCCUUAAUGAGGAGGACGACGUAUCAUGCGACUGGUCGCCGGCGUCGAGGGAGUCUAAUGGAGGGUCUGUUUGA